GAAGGUGCUGUUAGGAUGCUGGAGAAGGGGAAGGGGAGGAAAAAAAAAAUCCCUUCACAUCCCCAGCUCAGCCAUCCACCGCCAGCCAGUCGCACUCAGGACAAUAACACAGCUGGGGAUGCUGCACGGCCACCAGCCGCUCGCCACCUCUCCCACAGCCUGCUGCCCGUGAGCGGAGAGACAGCGAGGGGGGGACUCGCCCAGGGCUGGCGUUUGCCUUUCCCUCCAGAGCUUCGCCUGGAUCCGUGCAGGGCUGCGAGCCAGAGGGUGAGGCAGCCAGGGGAUUGCAGAGGCUGGGAAAAUGGAGAGAAGAGGAAACGUCAGAUCGAGAUCGAAAAUAAAAGGCGGCAGCUCGAAGACGACAGGCGCCAGUUACAGCACCUAAAGUCCAAGGCUCUGAGGGAGAGGUGGCUGCUGGAAGGAGCCCCGUCGUCCGCCACCGAGGAAGACGAGGCCAUGAAGAAGCAGAUGCAGGAAGACGAAGUGAAGACCAAGGAGCUGGAAGAAACCAUCCAGAGGUUGGAGAAGGAGCUGGAGAUUCUGGAGAACGGGGACUCGGCGCCUCCCACCAAGGAGAAGCUGGGGAAGGAGGUUGCGGUGACAGCAAAGGAGGAGAAAGCAGCAAACACACAGAAGACUCCGCUGGGCACAACUAAAGCGGAGCAGAAGAUCUCCAACAGCCCCAUGAAGUCGGUGGAGGGCACUGACAUGAUGAAGGCAGCCAUGUACUCAGUGGAGAUCACAGUGGAGAAGGACAGAGUAACUGGCGAGACCAAAGUCCUAUCCAGCACCACCCUGCUCCCCAAGAAUCAUUGCCUGCAGGGGGUCAAGGUGUACGAGGAUGAGAUGAAAGUGGUGCACGCGGUCCACAUGGAGGAUGGCGCCAUUGAGAACGGGGUGCACCCUCUCAGCUCCUCUGAGGUGGAUGAUCUGAUCCACAAGGCAGAUGAGGCGAACCUGAGUGAGGCCUGCCGGAGGGACUCCAAGGCCAAGGAGCGCGAAGAGGCCAAGAAGGGGGGUCCCGGGAGCAACCUGCCCAGCCAGAACACCACGCCCCGGAAGGAGAUCACUGGGGUGCAAGCCAAGCCAGUGGACAGCCCAAGAAUCCUGGCCUCUGGUGAAGGGGCAGAGCCUAGCAAAGAUCAACCGGUCACCAUGAUCUUCAUGGGCUACCAGAACGUGGAGGACGAGAACGAGACCAAAAAAGUGCUGGGCCUGGGGGGCACCAUCAAGGCCGAGCUGGUGGUGAUCGAAGAUGCUGACAACAAGCCAGCAGCGGCUGGAGCGGCAGACUGCAUGGGCAAGGACCACGCCCCACCCAACGGCAGCACUGUGGAGCCCGUGGCCACCCUGCCACAGAAGGAAGACAGCCAGGUCGGGGAGAAGCCAGGGGCCAAUGACACGGAUCCCAAGGGGGCCGAUCAGGACCUAGACAUGAAGAAACACCGUUGCAAAUGCUGCACGGUGAUGUGAAACGUCGGCCGGCUCCUUUUGACCUCCCCUCAUUGUACAGCCAAAAAGGACUGCCCCCCAUCUUCUGUUACCCUGUCCCUCAUAGUUCGCUAGGUUCCACAAACUCCAAGUGACACAGUAUUUUAUUUACUUACCAGACACAACUUCUUUUUCUUAAGAGACUGGGGAAACAAAUGCAGUGUUUGUAAAGUGUAUAAUAGGCAGCACCAUCUCCCGGCCGCGGCAUCGCUCGUCUGACGUCCGCUUCCAUGCAAUACGCCACCGGCGCUGAAUAUUAUAUUUAUUAUACACGCUUAUUUUUUUCCCCCUGCCUUUGUCUCUCCCCCUGCUCCCCUGUGCCAUGGUGGGGUUUCUCAGAGCUCCUCAGCCCACCGGGGAUGGCCAUCAAGGAACUCUCCCGCCUGUAGGACUCCCGUUUUUUUAAUUGUACUGAUGGCUUUCCCCCUCGUUAAAUGACACCCUCCUCUGUUAUCCGAAGGAUGCUGGAGCUGAUCUCACUGAUGGGGGGGGCUCAGGAGAGGGUCAUAGGACUAAGACGCCUCCUUAGAUGGUUCUUCAAGAACUGACUGUUGUUAGGACUUUCUUUCCGGCCUUCUGGAAGGGGAAGGAGGGAGGCCACCUACGUCCCAGCACUUUCUCCACACGCCCUGGCGUCAACGGGCCACGGUUUAGAAACACCUGUAUCAUCUUGAUAAGGCCACAGCCCAGCCGACAGAGCCCGCCUGUCCAGCGGCAGCUGAACUAUCCCCCUCACCCCGGGUUUGUUCCGACGACAGGUCUGGGGAAACCCGACAAGUCACAGACACAGCGCCCCAAACCACAGCUCCACAAGAAGUUUGAAGCAGAGGUUUCGGCCGGCACGUGAGCUGCUGGGCCGAACUUAAAUUUGGCCUGACCUUGCUGCUUAGAGUUUUUAAGCACUGACCCGAGCCUUCAAACCAGUCACAAGAGGGACUGUUUCUGCCGCAAAAGGAAAAGGACACUCCCCGGAGUCCGUGUGUGACGUUCCAACACAGCUUGGCCAAGGUCCGUGGGGGUGGGCUGUGAGAUGGACCUGUUGUUUCAACACCUAAAGUUGAUCGUUCCUGUGGUGCCAGGGGCAACGCGCAGCUCCAGAAAAAUGCAGCGGUGUAAAAAAUAAACAGAUCCCUGCUGGAUUUCCAGGCAGCAGAAUCAGUCAUUCUGGAGUCACUCCUUCUCUGAAGGAACUUCUAUGUCCGGCACUCACAGUGGUGACCACAAGCCUUAAGGUACUUUAUUGACCCCGCUGGUUUGAAUGCCGGAACUGGGGCCUAUCAGCACCCACACCCCUGUGAUGUCAUGUCCUCUGCUGUUUUCUACAGAAGAGCGGCUCCUUCAUUUCUUAGCUGGCUUUUCUCUGUUGGAAUGACAAGGCCGUGAGGGAGCGAGGUGGUUGGAAGGACAUUGACUGUGUCUCCCCUUGCAUGAACUUUUCCCUUGUAGACGCCGUGCCGGUAAGGAUAUCAGCCACUGAGCUGUUGACCGAGAUGCUCCCAGCCCUGGACGGUGGGUGAAAUUGGAAGAGGUUGGCCCAAGUCUCGGCCAGCGGGAGAAGGGACUGCUCGUCGGGAGUUCUGGAGUGUUGUUCUGAACAUGUUCGUGGUCAUUAAAUUGUGGAGCCCUGGUUAGCCACAGGUAGGGCCCUCGUCCCCUGUCAGCACCUCCACCCACUCAGCACCGGCAGCCCCAUAGCAUCAAUGCUGUCGCCUUCCCGGUCCAGGGCAGCCCUCGCACGCAACAUGCUUGUCUGGACAAAGUCUGAGCCCUCCAAUCCCUUGGCAUGUCCUCACUCGAGCGUGCCCUGCCAGAUGCCCCAUUGCUGCAUGGGUGGGGACAUUAUGAUUUGCCUUUGGCGCCACCUGGUGGCAUUGAUGGGUCCCCUCGAGCCAGGUGUUUAUUCAGCACAUUUGGCCCUGGCAAAGCAAAACGGUUUUCACUUUGUGGCCAAGGAGCCCAGCAAGGGACCCGACAAAUGGCUUUGAAGGGGGGCAGAGUUUGGCAGCUGCCUCAAUUGCUUGGAGACACCCCUAAACCCAGGCCCCAGUUCUGCCCUCCUUGAAACCUAGGCAGGCCUGGUGACACUAAUGGGGUUGCACCAGCUGUACCUGAAAGCAGAAUUCCCCCCUCCCCCAAGUAAAGCGAUGGGGCUGGAUUCUACUCUCAGCUACCCGCUGACUGUUGUGGGUCUGCCCCAGAGCGUGGGGACUCCUCUGGGGGUCACUCACAGAAGUUUCCGGCCUCAGAAUAUCUUUAUUCUUGAACUGUGUUAUGCUGAAGGAGGGCACCUGGCUUUUAAAGCAGUGAAGUGAGUGGUGAUGCUGUGAUCAGCGUUAGUUCUUUUGUUGCUCCUGGUUCGAGUCUGUAACUGGCCACUGGGCCCCAGCCCCCUCCAGGGAGCAUCUGGUUCUUCUCCGGGCUGACGUCCGUUCUCGGGAACACCUCGCGAGGGAGCUCUUCAGAACAGAGGCCUCCCUGAUCCCUAAUCGCUUUCCUUGCACCCACUCUCCCUGCAGCGUAGCGCUGUGGGCGUGGCGAGGUCAGCCCCUCGCGCCCCUGAUCACGCCCGAUGAAUUGCAGGCCAGACCCCGGCUGGUGUAACUGCCAGAGCGCCAUCGACUUCAGCGGAGCGACGCCAGCUCACCGACACCAGCCGAGGAUCCGCUGCAGGCUCUGUAGCAGAGCAUGACCCGGGUGGCAGUUCUGCUCCGCAACAGACAGAUUUGCCAGGAUGCCGCAAGUCCCCCAAAGGCAGCUUGGUGGCUCGCUGCCUUUGGGCCCUCCUCGGAGUGGGCGGUCCUUUACUGGGUUCCCUAGGGGAGGCAAUGGGAGUACAGGACAAACCCCAUCCAGCAGAACAAAUCAAGCAAUGGGCCAUGACCCGGGAGCGCCAUUAGAAUGCAGGCUCGGUGCUAGAGGUAAGACUUCCCGGCUAGACAGACAACGCUCCUGGGUGUGGGUCUCGGGUCUCCUGUGCCGUGAAAUAGGACGAGCCGUAGGGUUAGUGGUAGGACUAGAGAUUGGAGCUUGUGCAAGGAAAAGCUAGCGCUCAAUUAGUGUUUGGUUCAGGACGACAGAGUCAGGGAUGCAUUGGGGCUGGGUCAUUCAUCUGCAGUGACUCAUUUAUCGAUACGACUUUAGACCUUUUUCCCCACGCCCCAGAUAGACAUUCUUACAGAUUGGCUCGUUACUGGAAACGGUUCGACGAACGCUCAGUGAAAACGCUCCGGGAACUUGGCAUUAAGCAGGGCGUCGGGUUGCGGGCCGGAGUCUUUGGUAUCGCCUCUGCUCUCCAGCUGGAGUGUUGAAAUUCGUUACGAGCGGGGACGAGGGAAGGGAUUUGAGGAGGUGCCCCUGGGAACGCUUCCUGCACGGAGCACAUGUUUGUACGCGCGUGAGCGUCCCAGGAACGUUCUUGCAGACAGACAAACACCAAAGCUUUUGGGCGUGUUCACGGAAAUCACGCCAAACGCCCUCAAGGUCAAGUUGGGGCCAGAUCCCCAUCUUGAGUAAGUUAGCCCAGUUCCAUUGACUCCAGUGGAUUUACGCCUUCGGAGGGCCUGGCCCUGGGAGUUGAGGAAUGCUUUUUAUUUGUUGAAAAUGUUCGCCCAGCUCUAGACGCUAUGGGGCCAGAUUCUCACCUGAUGUAAAUGGGAAGCCAAUGGUGUUACACCAGUUUAUGCCACGUGUGUGGUGCAUCAGUGCCAGCUCCGCCAUCUUUACACCAGGUUGGUCAGUUAAUGGGUAGGUGAUAAAAGUGUGGGGAGGUGGCUCUGUGCUCCCUUGGUUUUCACCCUGUUCUCUCACAUCAUCCUUAGAGGCUGAUCUCACCCAGGUAGCAAGAGCAUCUUCUGCCCAGGCAUGCAGGUCCUGAAGGGGGACGUCAUCCUGGCUUCUCUGUUAUGUGAAAAUUACCACUGGGCAAGAUUAACCACACGUGCCCUGUAGGCUUAACUGAACUCGGCAGGUGCCGAGGCUACUUGCUGUCCCUCUGCGGAGGGGUAAAUUUCACCCUAAUGUGAUGUCUCAAGGAUUAACCAAAGAUCAGGCCCCUGACUGCACACAAUGGUCUCCCCCCUCCUCCCUCCCCCCCGAUUUGUGUAGCCUUCGCUGUUAGAGCGUUUCCCCUGCCGCGCAGCUUGAAAGGUUCCCGUGCUCGGUGUCGCCCCACGGCUACUCCAUGCUGCACCCAGCUGUGGUUUUCGCACCCUUCCACUACGUGUCGGCGGUUCUCAUCCCUGGCGUUAGCCCUUGUUCGGUCAGUCGGCCGGAGAGGACUCGGGGUCCUGGCGAAGGUCAUGGAGCACAACACACGUAGCAGCCUGCGUGCCCAUGAAAAUAUACCCACCCGGGGCCGUGCCCAUGGAAAAAUACCCACCCGGGGCCAUGCCCAUUCUUCCUCCUAGCUCCACUGACUUUGAGAGGGAAGUGAAGCUGGCCCCCAAAUAGAAACCAAGGGGUUAAAAAGUAUGUGCUCACAUGCACACACACACACACACACACACAGGGAGACAUCACGACCUGAAGCCUCGAUCAACAGCGAAUAAAUGUUACAACAGGGAAUACAUUUUACAAUCAAAUUGUUGUUGCCUCUUCUAGGCGCCGACCCAGCCAAGCACUAACGCCCGUGUGUAACUGCGUGUGUUCUUUGCUGGAUAAGGGAUCCGUCGCCUGUUUGCACCCGAUUCCAUUUCCAGGCUUCUCACGUUCCCGUUCAAAGAUUCUCGUAGCAGGAGGAGGGCCGGGUCCAGAGAAGCAGAUCCCAGUUAGUCACUUGCUAUUUUUCCACUAGGCUGGCCAGUUCUCUUCGGUCCGUGACAAUCAUUUCUCCAGGGGCAGACGGAGGCCGACGCUUUCCUCUCCGUGCUCAGCCUCCGACCCUUGGCCUUCAAACGCAGCAGUAUCACAGAUGCUUCUCCCCUGGGAUUGGGGUAUAGACGAGCUUCCCUGUGUGACCCCUGGAAGAGGCACCCGGCUUCCCAGCAUUGGGUUUGGUGCAAUCCAGGAUGGACACUGGCAAAGCUUCGCCUGAAGCCGAUUCCACCACCCCUCAAUUAUUUCAUUUAACCAAUGGUCUUAGCCCCCAUGGCUGAGAUCUUUGCCGAAGAAUAACGUUAAGGACCCUGUAAUCAUGUCUAUUCUCAGGGGGUGGGGGGUGAAGAGGGGUGUGGCAGGGCGGUGUGAGAGUGACCCAGCUGUACAAAGAGGGACGUUGCCUGCCCGGCUGCCCUUGCCAGGUGCACGUUGUCCUCCUGUAGCCCCUUCCUUGGUCCCGUCCCAACCUGGGGUGGGGCCAGGCUGCGUCCUCUCCUCCACGGCAGGUGGCUGUCGAGAAUCAGCCAGCUUCAUGCCACCUACUGGGCGGGGAUCUGUCUCCUAGGGCUCCACGGAUCUGCCCUUAGUCCGGCCCUGGGAGCUCUUGCUGUUCUGGGGGCAGUCCCGCCCCCCCAGUCCACACAUGGGGCAGAUGGGGAGUUACGCUACGGGGCAGACCUCACCCAGGUUCCAGUUUAGCUCUGGACCCAAGUCAGUCUUAAACCAGGCACCAGCCUAGUUACAUAGGACCCGAGUCUGCUCCUGGUGGGCUUUCUGCUGCUGCUGUUAAUGGACUCCAGAUCGGGCCCUUGAUUCCUCAGCUGGACCAGGGUGGGGGUGGCUUGAGGGGGAGAAAGCAGGCGCCCAGCACAUUCUGAACGGGAGACUGGUGUGCAGCCCCCUCCUUUAGCCCCUUUCCCCCACAUCUGCCUGGCCCCUUCCCAGCCGGUGUGUGUACAGGGCGGUCCCUCUGUGAGUCCACACCCACCGCCCCCCCCUUCCUCCCCGCCCCCCGCUGCGUGACUCGGCUGAAGUGCACUUCCCGUGCUCCUGUGCUUUUUAAUUGUGACGAGCCGUUUGAAGUUACAGCCCCCGUUGUUUGUAAUACACCCGAACUAAGCCAAUAAACUGUGUGACUAAUCAGA